GCGGUGUUGUGCGCGACGACGACGACGCGGCGGCGAGACGGCGUGGUGCGCUUCGCCAGAGAAUGCACGGCGACGGCCGAUACCGGAUGAACGUCGUUCCUUCCCUCCGUAGUCACCGCUUCUGACGCGCCGCCUCCGCGGCCUCUUGAGCUUCCCGCGACGCCGCUCUCCCUGGGACGGACGCGGCUACAGGGACACACGCCACGGAGGCAUGCAUCCCGGAAGCACGAUGGCAACAGACGCCGAAGCCGGGAACCCUGUCGUUCAAAGGAGUAUCAGUUCGCUACCAACGACGAAGCGAUGUCUGCGCCUGGACCGAACGCCCCUGGAGAGGAUCCUACUCUUGCUUCUGGUGGUGAUGACGUCAGUGUGUGCCAUUAUGCUCAUCCUUCUGGCCAGGCCGCCCAUGCCACAGCAGCGGUUGCCAUUGAGCGACGAAACAUCCAGCAAUGCAUCUAGUACAAGGAGAGAGUGCUUGGGAGCAGAGUGCAAAAGCGUGUGCAUAACGGAGGCCUGCGUUAAAGCCGCGGCCGCCAUACUGCGGAACAUGGACCCCAACGUGGACCCGUGCGCGGACUUCUACGACUUCGCGUGCGGUCGCUGGAAGCAGUACCACGUGCUGCCGCCCGACCGGCCGCACUCGGACACGUUCGCCGUCAUGAAGGACGAACUCAAGGUACUGCUCAAAGAGCUGUUGGAGUCACCCAUCGACGCAUCCGACAGCAACGCCACCAUCAACGCGAAGAACUUUUACACCUCCUGCCUCAAUGAGACCGUGAUCGAGGCCCUGCGUGAAAAGCCGCUGCUAGAUCUGCUGCAGACCGUCGGCUCGUGGCCCGUCAUCACACCCAACUGGACAGAGGAGGGCUUCGACUGGCUCAACCUGACGGCCGUCAUGCGCAGGCACAGCAACGAUAUCCUCUUCGCGCAGUGGGUCUCUGCCGACAGCAAGAACUCGACCGUCAACGUCAUACACCUGGACCAGGCCGAGACGGGUCUUCCGAGCCGCGACUACUACAUUCGCGGGACGCAGCAAGUGGAGGCCUACCUACGGUUCAUGGUCUCCGUGGCGCAGCUGCUGGGAGCCAAUCGGACCACGGCCAUGCGCGACAUGGAGGACGCCCUCAUGCUGGAGGCCAAGCUGGCCAACCUGACGGAACCCAGCGAGCUGCGACGUAACUUCACGGCCAUGUACAACAAGUGGACGGUACAGGAGCUACAGACGAGGAUCCCUCUGAUUAACUGGACGCACUACUUCGAAGUCGUCAUGCCCAUGGAGAUACCGCUUUCGGAAGAAGUUGUCAUCUUCGCACCGAAGUACAUCAAGGCGAUGUCUGAGCUCCUCCAAACUGUUCCCAAAAGGGUGGUGGCCAACUACAUCCUGUGGCGCUUUAUCUCGAAACUGGUGGGCAGCUUGGAUAAGCGGUUCGUGGACAAGCAGCAGGAGUACUACGGCGCCAUCUACGGUACCCAGUCGACGCCCCCGCGUUGGAAGAGCUGCACACUUCUGGUCAACAAGAAGAUGGGCAUGGCCGUGGGGGCGCUCUUCGUGCGCCGACACUUCAACGACCAGAGCAAAAAGAAGGCCGAGGAAAUGAUCAACGACAUCAAGGAAGCCUUCUUGGAAAUUCUCAUGAAUGUUGACUGGAUGGACAACGGAACCAGGGAAGUGGCCAGAGAAAAGGCUGAGCUUAUGACUCAGAAGAUAGGAUACCCUGAGUACAUAUCAGCCCCACAUGAACUGGACAAAGAAUACGAGGUAGAGUUCAGACCCGACACAUACUUUGACAACAUCAUCAAGAGCCUUCGCCACAGCGCACUGAAGAUCGAAAUGAAGCUCAGGAACGGCGUGGACAAAAACGAAUGGAUCACUUACCCUGCCGUCGUCAACGCAUUCUACACUAGAUCGAAGAACUUCAUCAGUUUUCCGGCCGGAGUACUGCAGCCCCCUCUGUACCACCAGCACUAUCCCAAGUCUGUCAAUUACGGCGGAAUUGGCGUCGUCAUCGGCCACGAGAUAACCCACGGCUUCGACGACAAAGGACGUCAGUUCGACCAACAUGGCAACCUGAAGCAGUGGUGGAAACCUGAGGCGCUCACCUUGUUUCACUCCAAGGCGCAAUGCAUGAUCGAUCAGUACAGCAGAUACGUCUUGCCUGAAGUCAACAUGGCCGUCAACGGUGUAAACACCCAAGGUGAAAACAUCGCUGAUAACGGAGGCGUCAAGCAAGCGUUCAAAGCGUACAAGAGCAGCGUGGAGCGCUGGGGUCCUGAGCCGUACCUGCCGGGCCUGAACCUGACACACGACCAGCUCUUCUUUCUCACUUACGCCCAGAUCUGGUGUGGCACCACGAGGCCAGAGCACGCCGUCAAUACCAUCCGCACGGGAAACCACAGCCCGGGACGCUUCAGGGUUGUCGGUGUGGUGUCCAAUUCCGUUGACUUCGCCAGGGCCUACCACUGCAAACCGGGAAGUCCCAUGAACCCCACGAAGAAAUGCGUCGUCUGGUAGAAAAACAGCAUUCCGCACCCGGACGGGGCCUGAAAUCAGCGGAUUUUUCAUCCCUGCAAACAGAACUUUUCCGUCGGGGGAGCUCAUUCCGCGGACGCUCAUCGCGCUCCUUACCGGCAUCGUCGUGACAAGGAUACGUCCUGGCGCAAGUUCUGUCUUCACGUCGCCAGCUGUCGAAGCCUUCCCACGAACACUUGCCCACACUGAUCGCUUGCGAAGUCGUCACAUCAUCGCAACAAAAGUUACACCCUGCCUCGCCAGAACGAUGCAGCGUUAUGAACGCUCUAGCUAGCUUCAGCCAAUCAGGGGCCGAGUUCACAAAUAUCCCUUCAAGUAAUAACGGUUCCCGAUUCACCUGCGCCCGUCUGCCGGCCAGCCACAGAAAACUAACUACAUGUUUGCGAACAAAUGAGGAACUGCGAUAAUUGUGGAUACUCUUCUUGGCAGAAAGGGCUAAAAGCAAAAUGAGCAGGUGAUCGUACGGACUAUCGACGUGUUAAAUGUGCGCCCAUUCAAGCGACUCAAAGAGUCGCUUGAAUCUUGUCUUUUGACCAAGCUGGUGCCAGCGAAUUCGCAGAAAUUUCGCUCAGUAUGUCGGCAGGCCAGCUCGUGCACAUAAUACCUUUAGAGGUGCUGUCAGUUUUGCCUGCAUCAUCACAGACGUCAGUCCCUCCAUAUUUUCUUUGAGGCACGUUCAGGGGCAUGUCUGUAGCCGGCGUACGGUGCAGCAGUCAAGGCGCCCGCCUGUCAAUGAGCAAUCUUACUUGCGCAUGUCUUUGAGCAUCCACUCUCUUCGAAUGUUGAUGCCAGCUACAGCUUUACAAAGCGCUGCAUUGUUUUUAUGGGGCAGCACACAGUUGGAAGCGGGGGUUUCGCGCUCGAACAAGGAGCUGUCGCAGAUCGGCAUUUGACUCUUUUGUCAACUUAGCGGCCUAAACAUUCUCGUUACGGUGUAUAAAGUUGCACGUUUUCAUAUUCAGAGGCAACAGUUAUAGGCUACUGCCUCAAGUAAUUGUAACAAACCUGCAGGUAUUGGUAUUUUGUUUAUUUGUCAUCAGGAGCCCCUCAUGUGUAAGAUCACCGCCAGGCGUCGUUUAUGUCAUUGUCGGCACGGUGUUACCUUUAAAUGUUAAAAUACGCACUUUUGUAAAUUUUACCAUGAAAGAGUGUAUAGCCACAUAUCCGCGAUUGACGAUUUUCAGUGGUGCGAAGCGCCCGUGAAUCGCUUGCAUCAACGACGUCACGGCCGCCAUCUUGGCGAACCAAAUGCAUAUAUAUUAUCAGGCAGCGCCCAUGUCUCAUCCGCUUAUUUCAAACAGUGUAGGUUGGUCCCCGUGUGGCUGAAUGUGCAAGGCGCCGCAUAACAAGACAGCUUGUGGACUUAAUGCAGCCGACAUAUUUUGACUGACACAAGGAUGAACUUCUGUGUACACACACUGGCCGUGAGAAUCGCGUACACGCGAAACAGCAAGCAUAUCAUGCGACCCCGCGAAGCCGGGGUAUAAAAGGGGAUGACGUCGAUUACACAAGAAAUAAGAGCACGCUGGGUUUUCGUGAAGUUGUGGACACGACAUUGAUUGACGUCUGCGUUCUAAGCGGGAGGACUCGCUCGGACUUGAUCGUCACCAAGAAGUGACGGUCGCGUACAUGCGUUCGUCACAUUUUGUUAACAACUCCAACUUCUGAGAAGUUAAUAGCUGGCAAUUCAAUUCCGUUGCCUGAUUAGCCAUCUUGUCGAUCCAUUUCUUGAACGGCAAGUGAAUAUAAACCUCGUAAAGGUGCCAAUGAUAUCUCACAUAUUUAUUAAAACGUAGAGAAUGAGAAAAUGAGCUGCCCACAAGCAGUUUAUCUACAAAUCACGAUUAGGAUACAAACCAUUCCGAAAAAAAAAUUCUUGUCGGAAGACGAAGCUGGAUACCGGUGAGCCUUCUGACGUAUUAAACGACGCUUACUCCUUGUUUCAAUUUUUUAAUUCAAUAUCUUUUUCUCAUAUUAGCAUAAAUCGGCAUUGCUGUUGGUAACGUAAAUUUAAACGCUAUGUCCCUUAUUCUGACAAAAAUGUUUUGUUGUUGCUAUGUCUUUUCGGCAUUGCUGCCGUAGUAAUACACCUAGUCCGUUAGGUUGAGUUGUGUAUAGUUAAAAGGUGAGACAGAAGGGAAGGCAUUGUUCAUAGCAUUGCUUUAUUUUUGAGCUUCGACCUUAUACAUUUUUGAGCAUGUCAUUCAAGGAAAAAAGUUACAUCGCGCUUCUUAUUAUUUUGUUAUUUCAAGGCGACCUCGCAGUGAACCGCUACUGAACAGCAAAUGUCAAUACUCAUUUACAUAUUACCAGUAUUUCGAAGUCGUUUCUCGUGUUCAAAGAAAACGCAAUGUAGAAUCUUCGUAAACGUCUGGCCACACAAUGGUACUCAAAGAGAAGUAUCAAACCGGUCGUAGGCUUUAAAAGUGCUCCUUCAGAGUUGGCUUUGCAUACCUUCGGCAGAAAGGGGUUGUUUUGUUAGCUUUUAGAAUGGAGGCUUAACAUUUUUUUCUUGGAUUCAGACCCCCAAACCACGGCACUCAUUAAUUAUUGGUGGUAACGCAGACGCCACGUCAUCUUCACGUUAUUCGUGUCCUUUUCGAGCAGGAAAAGUACAUCAACAUGGACAGGCUGAAUUUUAUUGAUUCCCGAACGCAAUGUAAAUUCUCUCUUUAGAAGAAACGAUUGACUAGACACAGACAGAAGCUUCUAAAACCUGCAAUGCUACAGGAAGACAAUUCUAGAAGCGUGUUCUGCCAUUUUGUUUAACCAAACGUUUCUUUUUUUUUUCCAACUACAGUAAAAAUGUACAGUGCAGAGGCUACACUCUAGACCAUGCAUGUACGACACGUAUCACCAUCUGCUGUGAGAUCACUCUGUCAAAAGCUGUCUUUUACGACACUGAAUACUGCGUGUUUGUGUGUUUUAUGCACUGUUCUCCGUGACUAUAUCGGCGAUCUUUUUCUCGUUGCAAGCAGUCAAAAUGAAAGAAAGAAAAAUGUUGACAUUGAUAUGUUCAAAAAAUGUAUUGUUAUCGCCCGAUGUGCAUUGUUAAACGACGUUCAUUUCAUUAGCGGCCAACGUUUGCGGUCGUCAUUGCCUAUUGGCCGGACAUUUUUGUUAUGCUCACGUGCAUGACCUCUGAGAUCUGAAGGCACGCAGCCUCGGUGGCCACAAUCCCGGAGGUCAUGAAUUUUUACAUAGUCCUUCAGUGUCGCCGCUACUAGUACAUUUCUUAAUUUCCUCUCUCGCUUUAAUUCCUAAUUGUUGUUGUUAUUUUCGUGCAGUCACCUCGUGAAAUUUCAAAGGCAGUUUGCUUGUUUUUGAUGUGAUAAGAGUUGCGAUCACAGAUCUGUUCUUGUUGCUGUUGUUACCGUUGUCAUUAAACCAUUUUCUCGUUUUUGUUAUUUAAAUAUCAAUCAAAAUCGCAUCUGUUAUUGGACUUGUUGUUAGCCUGUCCAUCUUUAAAUAAGAAAAAAGAAGUCACUAGUUUAUGCACAUAUCCACAAUACCCCGCCCAACGGUCCUUCCACCGUGAAAACAUCAGCGUUAGAAACCACACAAUGCAUCCCCGCUGGUUGCUUCUUUUCAUUUUUGUUAUUUUUUAUUGUUCAAAUGCUUUAAAAUUUGCGGACGCGUUCGCCGCCUCGUUCCUCCUACGCUCAUUAGUAUUAAGUUGCGUAUUUGUUACUGGCACAGUCCGAUGCCAGAAAAAGCACUCGGGAUGCCAUUUUUGUGUCGAAUGUGCUGUUCAGACGGUUGCAGACGCUUGCUUAACUUGUAUAAAAUUCAUCAUAUCACCCAUUAUUUGAGCAGUAUUUGACUUUAUUCGUUGCAACAGGCAUCGUAAUGCCGGCGUUGAGGGCUUUUUAGAACCUCACAUUCCCGUACUGUACACAUCGUUGUCACUUAUACUUUGACACAGAUCGCUUCAGAAGCUUUCGGUCAGCUUUCUUAGUUCUUUUCCCCCCUUUUUUUCUUUCCACAUACAGUUCCCUUUAGUUGAAACUCGUUGACGUCAUAUACUACAUAACAGCGCACAGAGCGAGGCUGUACUUACCGCGCCGUGCGACAUGAACGAGGGAGUCAUUCCGACCUUUAUACAUCUGUAAAACAGUCAUCGUUGUAUACUGCAAUCAUUACCUGUGUACCUGUAGAAGGUACACGUACAGUCAUCCGUUCGCUUUACAACACGUGCUGAAAGAUUCGUUAAGGAAACCUUGUUUUUUCGUAUGUACCUGUUACCUUCUUCACGUGAAAAUAAAGCGUUUGAUUUGUUGGUUCA